AUGGCUUCAUUCUAUACGCGACCCGAACCAUUCACCCCCGACGGGGGCAGAGGAUUGAAUACGGCCCAGAACGCUUCGAUAUCUGAUUUGCCUCAGGCUCAAAUAGACGCAAUCAUCAGGACGAAACGAAAGGCGCGAGAACCGAAAGCUUGUUAUCCAUGUCAUACUAGAAAAGUUAAAUGCGAUCGUAAUCUUCCAUGCGAUGGCUGCGUCAAACGAGACCAUGCAGACCUUUGUUCUUAUGAGCGACCGUCGAAAAAACGACAAGCGAAUUCGUCUUACCUGUCCACCUUGGCCAACGAUGACAUGCCAGAGUCGAGUAUCCCUAGUGUCGAAAGCUCUAGCGUACAUGUCAAAUCAGAGACCGUAGAACCUGGCCCUGCAGAAUUUGACUCGGGUGGACGAAUUUCGGUGCCUCGUGAACACUGGAAUAAUGUGUGCAAUAAGUUGAAGGAAAUGGAACAAGCGAUAUCCACCUUAAGAAGCGGCCUGGAGCAAAUUGACGGUGGCUGCCCAUCCACUACCAUGGCCCCGGGCAGCGUUCAAAGCGUCGAUGCAAACAACUCAUCAGCUCCGACUUCUCCAGAGCGUGAGGGUAUACAUACUACACAUACCUAUGGCGAAGGCACGGUCCAUCUUGGAUCGCGAUCAGUGUUGGCCUACAUUCUGAAUAAGUCUGGUUCUCUCCAGGCCCAGGCACUUCUUGAAGGUGGCAUUCUACCCAAACUAGGUCUUGACAAUGAGACUGCUACAUACCCCUUCGUUGAUUUAUGGUCUUCCGAUACCUCUGCGUUCGACGUGAAUGCAGUUUGUGGUGCUCUACCAAACGAUCAACAAAUAUUAGAGUUCUUCCAUUAUUACAAAGACAUCGCUGGCACUCUUUAUCCCGUAUUGGUGGACGUCCCCGAGUUUGAAAAGAAUCUGCAUACUUUCUUGCAGAACAGGAAUGCAGCCGGAGGCGUCUUGAAACAUGGCGAGGAACGAGGGCUUUCAGAAAGUCCCUUUGGCACGAACUUGGCCUUUAUAGGUUUGCUCUUUGCUGUAAUGGCAUCUGGUUGUCAGUCGUCAGAUCUUCCUGGCAAAGAACGAGAACUUACAUCCCAGGUUUAUGUUUGCUGUGCCUACCAAUGCCUUCGCAUGUGCAACUUCGUCUCUCAACCUACUCUUGAAGCAAUGAAGACGCUGCUGAUUAUCGGCAAUGUUCUCUCAUACAACAUGAAUCCUGGUGUCUCUUAUGUUCUACUAGGAAUGACGAUGCGUAUGGGUCUUGCUUUGGGACUUCACGUUGAGUCGAAUCGAUUUGACCCUGUCGAACAGUACACUCGGCAGCACAUAUGGUGGUCUAUGGCUUGGCAGGAUAGCCAUUUCUCCCUCUCUUAUGAUCGACCAUCAACGGUAGCAGUCAGCCAACCUGACAUUCCCGACAGGCCGGAGUCCAAGCCUGGCAACCGCGACUAUUUCGAGACAAUGUGUAGAAUCAUAUCACUAACACUCGAAGUCGUUCGUGGGCGUAUGGUCACGCCUCAUUUCCACAUGAGUUUCAAGACAAUACAAUCAUACAAAGAUCGGAUACAGCAAUUCCUUGCGGACGCGUCUCCUCAUUUGCGAGAACGCCGAUACUGUCAAACUCCUAUGGACCAUCUUCAAAGACUUGCACUACGGGUGCACUCAUCAUAUAUAACUUCAGAACUGUGUAGACCAGCGCUGAAAGCCGAAGCCGACAAAGAUGAUCCAUUACAACCUGUCAUCCGUCGUUACUGUGUUGAGAAUCUAGUCAGCACAGUCGAAUCUUAUAUCGAGCUCCAUUCAUUCAGUACCCAUGGCUCGCGCGCUUGGAUUACAUUGCAACGUGCUAUCAGCUGUGCAUUCCUUCUUGCUGUCAUCGAUGAGGGAAAGACCCAACCAAAAGUUAAAGAACUCUUACACGAACUUGAAACCAUGAUAUCUGAACGAGCCACUGCCGAAGGCGGAUUUGACUCCACCGCGGCGGCAGUUCCUUCUGGAAAUGAAAUUUCAGACUCAUAUCAUGGCGCACAACCGGCAUCGAUCCCCGCGACUAUCACAAUGGAUACCCAAACGCAAUGGGCAAAGCCUCUUGUACGGACUCUGCGCGCAUUACAGAAACUCAACAUUGCAUUCGGUUCGUUCAACGGUCAACCUGGCAGUAGUCAUGUGGCUUCUCUCGGCUCCGCAGACUCCCUAUCGGCUCCACAACCCUUAGGAUACAGACGAACCUCAUCCGCGAAUCCCCAGUCCCAAGCUGGAUAUACGCCGAACAUGGGAUCGCUACCACCCCCGACCCCUGAAAGCUCCAGUAGCGGUGACUGGACAUACCCGAAUCUCCUAGACAGGGCCGCAGAGUACAUACAUCCUCCACUUUGGGGUUGA